AUGAAUAGGCCGCAGGGUGAAUGGGCUGCAGGAUUGUUUCUAACCUGCGCAGACAUAAACAAACAUGAGAUGAGGAAAAUAAUAAUUAUUAGUGACAGGAAGACACAGAGAAGGACACUCAUAAAAAAAUUGAACAUCCAUUUUAGGAGCAAAGAUGAAAUAGCCAGGAAGGGAAAGGGCAAAAAGGUCAGGUUAGUUGUUGAUGAUUUUCUACCAGUUGGUUUAAAUGGUGAAGUGGUGGAGGCGGAGAAGUGUGAGCAAGGCAGGGUUUUAAAUUUGGAAGAGGAGCAUUCCUCGUGUGGUGUGCAAAAUGGGGUCACAUCACAUGGUGUUAGAAGAGAGUGUGACUCUGGCGACGUGUACAGUACGAACCUGAUGAGAAGAAAAAAAAUGAAAAAAAUUGUACACGAUCUUUUCUAUAACACCCUAACGUAUUGCAUUAGAAGAGACUUGUCUGUCGUGGAGAUAUCAACCUACCUGUCAAUUAUGAAGUAUAUAUUUUUUAAAUUAGUAAAUGGAGGAGGCCAUGCUGUGGACCUGUUUGCAGAAUUCAAAAAGGUCAUGUUACAUCAUUCAAUUAACAGAUCGCCAAGUUACGUGAAAAUAUUUUCCUACUCCUCUCUGAGGCUAUUAAUGAAAUAUGCCUUAAAUACUUUUUUCCGGAAUUUUUUUUUUUAUAAAUUUAUUUUUGUCCCAAUUCAUGAUAUACAUUUUGAGGGUGAUGUGGUUCAUGACUUGAGGAAGCUCGACAUGGAUGAUGAGGUUGGCUUUGAGGACGAUGAUGAAAUGUGCACUGUGGACACUCCCUCUGGGGCGGAUUAUGUUAGAAGAUUGCUCAACUUAGUCCACGUGUCCAACUGCUUCACCCGCAACGACGAUUUAUCUUCACGCAAGCACGCGCAACCAUUUUCCUCUGCAGUGCACGUUGGAGAAAUAAAUCACUUGAUAUUUGGAAAGAGCUCCGAAGAUGCGUUUAUAAGAGAAGUGGAAGAUCUUUUUCACAAAUUCGAAAUACAGAAGGAAGUAGUCACCUUCGAAACGAAUAAGUGUAAAGAAAAUAAGAAUUUAAAGAAGUUGUUUAAGAGAAUGGAAAGCUGCGGUCAGGAAGACGAGACAGGGAAGAACGGCCAAGAGAAGUGGAAUGCAUCUGAGGAGUACUUAAUCGGAAAGGUCAGAAGAAUGAUGGAUAACCUGUACCACGACUUGGAGGCUCGAAUAGUGAAGCGGUUGGAUGCGCAUUUGGGGUAA